AUUUUUUUCCUUAUUUUCUCUUGCAAUUUUUGUCUAUUUUCUUGUUUUGUUUUACUAUCAACUUUAUGAUCAUGAACUUGUUGUCAUUCAUCACUUUCAGGUGGCACUGAGUCACGGUUCUGACUUAUCGGCUCAUAUUUGUAAACAUGCAUCACGUCCUCACAGAUUAGAUUGCUUUCAUUUUUGUUAAACUUAAUAUUAAUAAUAAUAAAAAUGCAUGCAAUACAUUAAUGAUGCAUGUAGUUAAGGUAGGUAGAGGUACUAAUGGUGAGCUAGGUUAGUGACCAUCAGGCAGAUGAUAAGCUUAUUGGAAGUCUCAACUUAGCAUAUUAGACACAGGACAAUUUUAGACAUGACAAUUUUUAAGGCAAAAUUUUGAGAAAAAGGUACAUCCUAUAUUUUGUCAAAUGCAGUAGUUUUUGCAAUAAAAGAACCUUACUGAGGGACACUGGCCUGCUUAUGGAGCAGUGGUGUGUCAUUGGUCAUGCUGGGUGUUGUCACUGAGAAGCACUGUUUGCUGGCCUGCACCUGCACUCUCUGGCACCCGUGAGGCAGGUCACUGUUCUGGGUGGCACACGGUGCUCACCAAGUGCCUCGGAUUCGAUCAGCGGGAGGAAUGGCUGCUGCCGCACUGCUCUAUCUUUGCUUGUUGUUUACUGGAAAAUGUGUGUGAUUUUUAAGCAAAGAAUACUUCUCCAAAAGUGAUGAGGUGAGCUCCAUCAUGGCCCCUUUUCUUCCUUGCUCCACAGACCAGGACAGAGUCGAGGACGGUGCCCUGCUUGGCACAACAUCUCAUAUCUCAGGCUCACUGUCCAGCCACAGUAUGUCUGACUUGUGUGUGGAGGAAUAUGAAACCAGAUGCAGCAAGAAGUUUGAGUUGGACAACACCAUCUAUGAGAAACUAAUCUCUGUCUUACAAAGCGGAUAUUUUAUCAACGGUGAGACAAAACCAGAGAGAAGAUUCAUCCGUAGAAAAGCAUCAAACUUCCAGUGGGAUGCAUCACGCAAGAUUCUGUACUACAUUGGAUCGGCUGACGGCAAAAGGCGGCAAGUGGUGCGUACCAGGGAAGCGCUUGCUGAUGUCCUACAGUUUCACCACAGUAGUGCCACUUCAAGACAUAAUGGUGUGAAGACAACGUACAGCAGAGUUGCAAAACUGUAUUACUGGAGGAGUAUGUUAGAGGAUGUCAAGCACUAUGUUGAGAGCUGCAGUGAAUGCCGGCAUUUGAGUUCGGUAAAAACACAAGCCCCCACUCCCCCCAUGCAGCCCAUAAAGGUGAACAAAGUCUCAGAGCUGGGAGAACCUGACAUGAUCGUGAGCUCCAUCAUGGCCCCUUUUCUUCCUUGCUCCACAGACCAGGACAGAGUCGAGGACGGCGCCCUGCUUGGCACAACAUCUCAUAUCUCAGGCUCACUGUCCAGCCACAGUAUGUCUGACUUGUGUGUGGAGGAAUAUGAAACCAGAUGCAGCAAAAAGUUUGAGUUGGACAACACCAUCUAUGAGAAACUAAUCUCUGUCUUACAAAGUGGAAAUUUUGUCAACGGCGAGACAAAACCAGAGAGAAAAUUCAUCCGUAGAAAAGCAUCAAACUUCCAGUGGGAUGCAUCACGCAAGAUUCUGUACUACAUUGGAUCGUCUGACGGCAAAAGGCGGCAAGUGGUUGAGAGCUGCAGUGAAUGCCGGCAUUUGAGUUCGGUAAAAACACAAGCCCCCACUCCCACCAUGCAGCCCAUAAAGGUGAACAAAGUCUCAGAGCCGGGAGAACCUGACAUGAUCGACCAGGCCAAAGUCCAGGACAGCGCCCUGCUUGGUACAACGUCUCCAACUGGCUUCCCUCAAGUUUCCUGCAGGACUGGCGGUGGCGUGUGCUGCCGGGAACAGUGCUGCAGUGGAGGGAUGAGGACUAGUAGCAGCAUGAGUGAGCAGCAGCAGCAGAAGCAGCAACAACCUGCCUCAGGUGCAGGGAGGGCCAGUCGUACUGGCAAGAAUGACAUGGAGGAAGGCAGCUCUGGCCGCAGAAGAGAGAGAAAGUUUUGGUGUCAGCUGUGCGAUAAAACUUUUAAAUCCAAACAAAGUCUUAGAGUACACACCCUGUGCCACAGUAGUGUUAGAAAUUAUGAGUGUCCAGAAUAUGGAAAGAAAUUUUCCCAAAAGUGUCAUCUUACCGCACACACUCUGACACACAGUGGUGUUAAAAAUUAUGAGUGUGAAGAGUGUGGUGAAAGAUUUAUUACAAGUUUUAACCUCAAUAGACAUGCCUUAAGUCACAGUGGCUUGAGGGAGUUCCAGGAGCAGUGUUGUGCUGGAGAGGUUAGGCCAGGCAGCAGCAUGAGUGAACAGCAGCAGCAGCAGUCUACCACGAGUGUGGGGAAAUCCAGUAGUGGCGAGACUGACUUGGAGGCAGGCAGCUCUAGCCACAGAAAAGAGAGAAAGUUUGAGUGUCAACAGUGUGAUAAAACUUUUAGAUCCAAACAAGGACUAAAACUACAUACUCUGAGACGCAGUGGUGUUAGGAAUUUUGAGUGUCCAAAAUGUGGAAAGAAAUUUUCCCAAAAGGGUCACCUCAAUAUACACAUCCUGACACACAGUGAUGUUAGAAAUUAUAAGUGUCUUGUAUGUGGAAAGAAAUUCACCACAAAGUCUGAUCUCACUAUGCACACCCUGACACACAGUGGUGUUAGAAAUUAUGAGUGUGAGAAAUGUGGAAAAAAAUUCACCAGAAAGUCUCACCUCAUCAGACACACCCUGACUCACAGUGGUGUUAGAAAUUAUGAGUGUCUGGUAUGUGGAAGGAAGUUUAUCCAAAAGAGUAGCCUUACCACACACACCCUGACACACAGUGGUGUUAAAAAUUAUGAGUGUCUGGAAUGGGGAAAGAAGUUUGCUGAAAAGAGAAGCCUCACCACACACUCUGACACACAGUGGUGUUAGAAAUUAUGAGUGUGAAGAGUGUGGUAAAAGAUUUAUUACUAGUUCUAACCGCAAUAGACAUGCCAUCAGUCACACUGACUUGAGGAAGUUCAAGUGUGAUAUUUGUAGGAAGUGUUACAAGAGAAAGGAUGACAUUGCAAAGCACAUGAAGAUCCACUUUUGAGAUGGUAUGUUUUGUGGACUGUUCUCAAGAGUUGCCAAUUUUGUAUUUAUAUUUUGUAUUUGCUAUUUAUGCAUUACUAUUUUGAUUUUCUGUUGUUCUGUAGUGUGGAGCUUUGUACAUCAUCAGGUACCUUAUUAGAUCAUCAAUGGCGGGUUUUCAGAGAACUAACCCACCAGUUAUCACCACUACUACAUGUCCCCUAUUGACAGAGUUAAAAUGUUGUAUUAAAUUCAAGGUGCAUACAAGAGAUACGUAGAACAUUGAUGAUUAUGAUACUGUUGAUGUCUCGUACCUGUGGAUAUGUGAUAUGUUCUUUUCACUUGUAUCUCCCAAUUAUUGUUCUGGCAAUCCCCACAAGCUUCAGUCCAGCUGGAGUCUUUGAGGUAGGCAUGCUGUUUUUUGCCAGUCCUCUGUUUCAAUACAGUCAGCUACAGCCAGCCUGUGUUUCUUCAAGAACCUACAGUUUCGUGGGUGUCUUUUCCAGACAGCUACCUUACAUUACAGUAUCUACUUUUGAAUAUCCUUUAUGGAUGAUUUUGGAAGAAGUUAGUCAAAACAGAAAUAUUUCUUGAUUAUCUUGUAAUACUGCUAUUAAUAUCUUAAAUACAGCAGCAUAUUACAUGUCUAAAAUCUAUUAAUUUGGACAAUGAAAAGGCAGAACGUUGACUGUAUAUAGUACGACUCAACAUACUCAGUAACAUCGUGAUAUAUGGAUAUAGUUAUUUAUUUAUUUAUUUAUUUUUUUUUUUCGUGGGGAUUUCGGCAUCUAUUUCACAAUGUGAGCCCAAGUCAAGAUCAAUAUCAGAAUGCAGCAAAAUAAUGAAGAACUAUUACAAGAUGUCACAGGACUACUGUAGAGUGAGGAGAGAGGAAUAUGUGAAGCUUUCCUCCUCCUCAUGUGUGGUGGCACAGAUAUUACAACAGGAAUUAAUGGUUUGUCCAACAAUGUGUUAAGUUAAACAGGUGGCCAACCUCGGUUCGGUUAGAGUGACCGUUAGACAGUAAUACUCUUGCCAGGAUACUCAAGUUAUUUAUACUUAAUUUCCCAUUACUAGUAAGUUGAUCUGUGUGGUUUGGAUAUUUAAGUGACAGAGACAUGUUGUCUUCAUGUUUACCAUUGACUGGGUCACAGAUAACAGUAGAGCUGGAUUUGACACGAAAAUUGCUGCGCUGCAGUAACGUACCCAAAGUCGGAGAACGGACCUUAAAUUUCAAACCUCGAAAUCUCAGCUCCUAGCCAACAUGAAUCUAUGAAAAUCACUGUGAAGCAAGCUAACUGUGUUUAAUUCAAUGCCUGAAAGCGAUAUCUAAAUUCAUACAACCAUUGUACCGCUCAGUUAUACGAGUCAAACACGAGAAUUUAUAUAGUACCAGGUGGAUAUUUAAAUACAACUUUAAGCUUACAGCUGUAUUUCAAACACAAAAUGCAAAUUUUGUAUCACUUAUAAAUUACUUUACAUGAUUUUGGCUGUCCACUUCCUCAUCUCUUCUUCACACCUGUGAGUUUAUGCCUCUUGUCAUCACUCUGUGACCGUGUGUUACCUCCUGUGGCGACACCAGGUUUGCGCUUGGCGUGGACAUAACUUUUGGUGUCUUACUAUCCCACCCUUUAUAUAUGCCACAGAUGUUGCACUAGCGUACUCUCUAUAAUUUCAUUAACAAAAAUGCAACUUUUUUUUUUUUUUUUAGGAAGACUACCUAUUUACAAAGCACGUAGGCAGGCUAUAUAUUUUUUAUAUCAUUAACGCGAAGAAAUAUAUCGCAGUAGUCACUAUCAGUCACUGCCUAGGCAUUGUUUCCUACCAUUCUAGUCACUAUUAAUCAUUCAUCGGUUUGUUGCAGUCACGUUAGUAAUCAGGUGAGUUUAACACUUAACAGCACUCCACAGUACACUUCCACGUCACAGUGAUGUCAAUAACAUGUCACUGUUCUUCACCAGUGUCACUAUCUUUUUCCAAAUUGAAACUGACUAUCUAUAUGGCACCAGAUGUCAUAACUGCAGUCAUUUGCCA